AUGCGGUUGGCGGUGGCUGGUCCGACGGCUGCAGAGAGAAGAAGAGAAGAAAAGAAUUUGGUUCGACACUUGCGGCGCGACGCGGUGCGGAUGGUGGUGACUAGUCCGACGGAGAAGAGAAAAGCGAAUGGCGAUGGCUGGUCCAACGGAGAAGAGAAGAGCGAAUGGCAUGGCGGGUCCAACGGAGAAGAGAAGAGCGGUGGGCUGUGCGACUAUGUGUUCUUUGAUGCUUACACCAUGGUUGAAUUCGGAAGGCUAAUCUACAUAAGGACAAACCAAAAGGCACUUAGGUGUGAGGCUUAUAAAGGUCUUUCUGAUGCACUAACUAGGGGUGAAGUUGAUCCUAGCACACAGGGUAAACGGAUUAUUUUACCAUCCAGCUUCACAGGCAGUGCAAGAUACAUGAUUCAGAACUACCAGGAUGCUAUGGCCAUAUGCCGAUGGAUAGGUUACCCUAAUCUUUUUAUUACAUUCACAUCUAAUCCUAAGUGGCCCGAAAUACAAAGAUUUGUAAGUGGUAGGAACUUAAGAACGGAUAACCGGCCUGAUAUUGUCAGCCGCGUUUUCAAGAUGAAAUUGGAUUGCUUAAUCAAGGAAUUAAAAGGUGGUAAAUCAUUUGGUCCCGUUCGAGCAAUUAUCUACACAGUGGAAUUUCAUAAGCGUGGUCUUCCACAUGCACACAUACUGUUGUUCUUAGCAAAGAAUGAAAUCAACAGCUCACCGGACUUCAUGGAUGAUAUUAUAUCUGUUGAGAUUCCUUGCAAGGAGUCUGACAAAGAAUACUAUGAUGUAGUUCAAGAAUUCAUGAUACAUGGCCCAUGUGGAGCUUUAAGGAAAAAAUCUCCUUGUAUGGUCAAUGGCAAGUGUUCCAAACACUUUCCGAAAACGUUUUCCAGUGGUUCAUGCUUUGAUGCAGAUGGCUACCCAGUGUAUCGGCGACGUGAUGAAGGAAAUGACCGUGUCACCGUUGAAUUUUACAAGAGUAUUGUGGACGCAGAUGGUAAUGAAGUGGUUGAUGAAAUAAACAUGUACUACGAUUGCAGGUAUGUAUCAACAUGUGAGGCAACAUGGCACCUGUUAGGAUUUGAACUGCAAUACAGGACACCGCCGGUAGAAAGGUUGAGAUUCCACUUGCCUGAUUGCCAAUCCAUUGUAUUCCAGGAUGACGAUUCUAUCAAUGAUGUCAUAAAUAAAUGUACUAUUGGACAAAGCAUGUUUAUAGGUUGGUUUGAGGCAAACAAAAAAUAUGAAGAUGCUAAAUUGUUGACCUACAUUGAAAUGCCUACAAAGUUUGUAUGGAAAAAGGAUAGUAGAGAGUGGCAUCCAAGGAAAAAGGAGUUUUCAAUUGGCCGUAUUUUUUAUGUACCUCCUGGUAUUGAUGAGUUAUAUUAUAUGAGAUGUCUUCUUAAUAUAGUUCGUGGACCAACAUGUUUUCAAGACCUUCAUACAUUUAAUGGAGUUGAGUAUGACACAUUCAGAGAUGCAUGUUAUGCAAGGGGAUUACUAGAUAAUGAUAAAGAAUACAUUGAUGCAUUUGAGGAGGCAACGUCUUCUUCUCCGGCGGACCUGCUCUACUUCUCCGACGUCUUCUUCUUCUCCGACGACAUUGCUCAUUCUUCUCCCGCAAACCUGCUCUACUCUUCUUCUUCUCUGAAGCAAUUGGAGGUUCACGUCGACUGUGUAGCUGGAGGAAUCUCAGUUGUACCGCCUGAAGGAGUCGACGGGGAGGUUCACGUCGACUGUGCAGGUCCGCGGGAGAAGAAGAAGAGCAGAGCAGAACUUAUCUUAAAUGAUGAUGAUAAGAAAAAACUUGCGCUAAUUGAGAUUGAGCGAUUGCUACAAGUCCUAAACAGGUCUUUGAAAGAGUUCCCGCCAAUGCCUCUACCGAAUUUUGACUCAUCAAUGAACUCUGGAAAUAGAUUGUUGUAUGAGGAGUUGGAUUAUGAUCGUAAAGCUUUGGCUGAACAGAGUGUCCUUUUGGCAAGCAAACUUACUGACGAACAAAGGGUGGUCUAUGAUUCAGUCAUUGAAGAUGCUAUAUAUGACAAACAAAGGUGGCAAGACAUUGUGGCGGCAACCAUUAAUUCUUCUUAUUUGUGGGACAAUUGCAAGGUUUUGAACACUAUUGGUGAUGCUGCUGAAUUUGAAAAACUUGAGGUUUUUGCAAAUUGGAUUGCGUCAAUUAGAGAUGGUACAAUUGGUGAACAAGAAGAUGGUUUUGCUGAGAUUGAUAUCCUGUCAAUCAUGUUAUUGUCCUCUAAUAGUGAUCCCAUUGCAACAAUAGUUGAAAGCACAUUUCCAAUGUUUUCAAAUGAAAGUGUUAAUCAUACUUUUUUUAGAAAGUCGUGCAAUUCUAGCCCCAGCCCUAGAUGUGGUAAAUGCUGUCAACCAAUGCAUGAGUGA